AGAAACGGCGUAUGACCGCUUCAUCCAUGCUCUGCAUGUGCAGGUGUGUGUUGGCUUAGUAGCGUUGCGCGAUGACGUGGUGCCGUCACCCACCAAGGAGCAACUUGUGACCGUGUUCAUCUGACCGCCAAAAUCUUCCGUUUCAACUCGGGACGCAGCAAAGAUACGAACAUGCUUGUUGUCGGUUGCAGCGCACGCUUGGGUCAGGGACUUCGUCUCACCGAAGGCCUGAGUAAAUCCCGCAAAAAUUUGUCUCUUUCUCUCGCCGAGACGGUCAGAGGACACCGCCUCUCCAGCGACGACCGUUCAUCCUUAGUGGAAACAGUGGCGCAACGUCUUGGGUACCCCGUUGGCUGCAGUACGAACAGCUCGCCGACGUUAAGUUUGUUGAGGAUGCCUCGUGUGCCAGACUUUGGACACCAUCUAGCUUCGCUUCUCGUUGCGCCUAGAGCACCGGGGCACCAUAUCCUGUUCUCCUGGCAUAGGACGCAGCAUAAGCGCGGCUUCUCUACCGUCGCCUGCAAGGAGCCUGCGUUUCGGUUCAAGAAAUUGGAGGGUACUACGGCGGACCAUCGAGGAUGCGGCACUGUUGUAAAGGGUAGGACGGCAGCACGGCGGAUAGGCCCUGUGGGAAUGAUGGGCGCAGGCCAAAUUCCGUGUUACACUUUUCAGCAGCUUCGAUUUUCCACUCACGACAGCUUCUCGUCGCCAAUUUUCACGCAGCCGUCCACGCAGAAGAGUCGAUGUCGCGAUUCCGCCGAGCGUGCAGCAAUGCAAGGCGGCCAGAAACUGGCCCUGCCGCCGUGGAUGACGGCCAAACGCCCGUACUUUCUGAGCGAUUGCGAGAGGGCCUUCAAGUGCAUCAAGGCAAAGAUCCGCGAGACGACAUCUUGGGACCAGUUCCUCGACCUGGGCUGUGGCGCCGGCGAACUGACCCGCUGCAUCGUCAAAGAGUUUGGGGGUCUCCAUCGCAUCAUCGUCGCCACAGAAAGGUCGCCUGACGUGAUUAAGGUUCUUCGCCGCAACGCGGCCCAGCGCGACAUCCUCUACGAGGUGCUGGACGUGGAACGUGACGUGGACGAGGCACUGUCCAGCUGGGGCCAGUUCCGGCGCAUCUUCUCCCUCUACCACCUGGAGAGCGUGCGGGACAAGCAGCGCGCGCUGAACAACAUUCGUCGGCUGCUGUGGGAACAGGGCGGCGAGCUGUUCCUCAUGUUCCGCGUCCACUCCAACCUGAUGCCCCUCUACAAGCUGCUCGCCGAUGAAGGGCGCUGGACCGAGGUGGCCGCGGACUACAAGGCAUUUCUUCUGAAGCUGCCCAAGGGAGACAAAUGGUCUGCCGUCAUGUGCAAGAUGAUGGAAAACGCCGGGUUCAAGGUGAAAGUGAGCAAAUUACUGGAGACCAACUGGCGACUGUCCAGCACGGAGAGCCUGGACGAGCUGAUCAUGGGCACUUGCCCAGUGCUACACCGAGUGACCCCAGAGCUGCGCGAAGAGUUCGUGCGCGAUUGCGCACAAGCCGCAGCACAGGUGCUGCCACGAAGCGGCGACGAGCUGACCUUCUCGUACACCACGUUCGUGGCCUGGGCCGAGGUCGACCCGGCCAAGGCGACCGGAGACGUUCUGGACACGUUGGCGGCGCGGUUUUUCAAGCGCCGCAGAAUCGUCGUUUAGAGCAGCUCCCGUUACUGCAGUCACUUUUUGCUUAUCAGACACUUUGUGUGCCCAGCGUAAAACGUUUACGACUGGCUGUCUGCGCAGGCUGAUCCGGUUAACUAAGACUGCGUAAAUUUCACUUCGAAGUCAUAUGUAUAUCCCCAAAUGUGAGCUAGAAAUUAUAUGCUUGCUGGUUCUAGGUUG